AUGAAGUUAAACUCUGCCAGCCAAUAAAAAUUAGCUAAUGCUAGGCCAUGUACUUCCACUUAAAAGACAGGCUCAUCUCCAAUAAAGAACAAUAAAUAUUUGGUUUCGACAAGUAUAUCCACAGCACCUAAAACUGAUAAUAAAAUACUAAAGUCAAUAGCAUUAUCUCGCGAUUUCAUCUCAUCGAAUAAAUCUGGAACUAAUUCCUACAUCAACAAUUAAUUAUUGGAUAAAAAAUCAAAUUUUCGCAGCUAAUUCAUACUUGAUAUUAAUGAUGCAAAUUCGAAAAAAAAUAGACCGUCUUCAAGACUAUAGAUGUAGCGAUUAGUCAAAAAUAAUAAUGUAGAAAAUAAUCUUAAGUAUCAUGAAAAUUUGAUUCAAAAGCAAUUCAAAAAAUUAUUAGGUCUCCAAAAACAAACUCAAAAUCUACAUAAAUCUCCUCCUCAAAUACAUAAUAGAGCUAUGAGUAACGGAGAUCUCAAACCUACUAGUGAUAUUGCAAAUAAAUUAAUUGAGUAUAUAAAAAAAUAAUCUGCUAAACAGAUUAAGGGUUAUAGAUCAAUAUCAAAUCCAGAUAUAAUUUAAACAGAUAGAAGACUUAUCUCAAAAUUUGCAGUUAAAACUUAAGCAGGAAUGCUCUAUACAAAAUAAGAGAAAGUAAAUCAGGAUUCUUAUGCAAUUCAUGAGAGGAUAGGAGAUAUCGAUAAUUCAUAUUUACUCUAAGUUUCAGAUGGACAUGGUGUCAAUGGGCAUGAAGUUGCAUAAUUCGUUUAAGAGAAAUUACCAAAUAUUAUCGAUUAACUAUUGAAAUCUCAUAAAUUGGGUAAGAAGGAUUAAGAUAUGAUGAUAUAAGUGAUACUAAGAUAAGCCUUUGAAAGAACAACUAAAGAAUUAUAUUAAUCAGGAAUUGAUAUCACUUAUAGUGGAGCCACAACUGUUUGUUUAUUAGUUAUUAAGCAUACUGGUUGGUGUGCUAAUAUUGGAGAUUCAAGAGCUAUAAUUGGAAGGUAGAAGGAUGGAUUACAUGUGAUUGAGCUUUCGCAUGAUUAAAAGCCUGAUUUGCCUAAAGAGUAGAAAAGGAUACUAUAAAACGGCGGAAGAGUUUAGGCAUAUUCAGAUGAAGAAGGAAAUCCAAUUGGUCCUGCAAGAGUUUGGUUAAAAAAUGAAAAUGUCCCAGGGUUGGCCAUGUCUCGAAGUUUUGGAGAUUAUGUCGCUGCUUAAGUAGGUGUAAUCUCGAUUCCAGAAAUAAUUAAACACACAUUUUAAAAUGACAAAUUCCUUAUUAUUGCGUCUGAUGGAAUUUGGGAAUUUCUCGAUAAUUAAUGGAUUAUAGAUACAGUUUUUGGUUAUUAUUUGAAAAACGAUGCUGAAGGAGCUGUAGAUAAAUUAGUGAAAGAAGCUACAGAAUCAUGGAAAAAGGAAGAAGAAGUUAUAGAUGAUAUCACUUGUAUAGUUGCCUUUUUAAAUUGA